CGGGAGCCGCGCGCUCCGGCCCGGAAAGUUUGGGGCUCGCUCGGCGCCAUGGCCAGGAGCAGCUCCCUGAACGUCCGCGUGCUGGAGGGCCGGGCGCUGCCCGCCAAGGACGUGUCGGGGAGCAGCGACCCCUACUGCAUCGUGAAGGUGGAUGACGAGGUGGUGGCCAGGACCGCGACGGUCUGGCGGAGCCUGAGCCCCUUCUGGGGGGAGGAGUACACGGUGCACCUGCCCCUGGACUUCCACCACCUGGCCUUCUACGUGCUGGACGAGGACACCGUGGGGCACGAUGACAUCAUUGGCAAGAUCUCGCUGAGCAAGGAGGAGAUCACGGCUGACCCCCGAGGAAUCGACAGCUGGAUCGACCUGAGCCGCGUGGACCCCGACGCCGAGGUGCAGGGCGAGGUCUGCCUGUCCGUGCAGCUGCGGGAGGAUGGGCGUGGCCGCUGUCUGCGCUGUCACGUGCUGCAGGCCAGGGACCUGGCGCCCCGGGACAUCUCUGGCACCUCUGACCCUUUCGCGCGUGUGUUCUGGGGCAACCAGAGCCUGGAGACUGCGACCAUCAAGAAGACCCGCUUCCCGCACUGGGAUCAAGUGCUGGAGCUCCGGGAGCCCCCGGGGCCGCCCGCCCCGCUGAGGGUGGAACUCUGGGACUGGGACAUGGUGGGCAAGAACGACUUCCUGGGCAUGGUGGAGUUCACCCCACAGGUCCUGCACCGAGACCCUCCCCACGGCUGGUUCCGCCUCCUGCCCCUCCCCAGAGCUGACCAGGAUGUCCGGGGGAGCCUAGGCGCCCUGCGGCUGAAGUUGCGCCUGUCGGAGGACCGAGUCCUGCCCUCCCAGCACUAUCAGCCGCUGGCCCAGCUGCUCACCGAGUCGGUGCUGCGUCCCGCAGAGGAGGACGUGGCCAGCCCCCUGGCUGUGCUGGAGGAGGUGACGUCGGGGGACUGCCGCCAGGACCUCGCCACCAAGCUGGUGAAGCUCUUCCUGGGCCAGGGCCUGGCCGUGCCCUUCCUGGACUACCUCACCCGGCGGGAGGUCGCCCGCACCACCGACCCCAACACCCUCUUCCGCUCCAACUCCCUGGCCUCCAAGUCAAUGGAGCAGUUCAUGAAGCUCGUGGGCAUGCCCUACCUGCACGAGGUCCUGAAGCCCACGGUCACCCGCGUCUUCGACGAGAAGCGCUACAUGGAGCUGGACCCCAGCAAGAUGGACCUGGGCCGCACGCGGAGAAUUUCCUUCAAGGGCGCCCCCUCGGAGGACCAAGUGCGCGAGGCCAGCCUGGGGCUGCUCAAGGGCUACCUGGGCCCCCUCCUGGAUGCCAUCGUGGGCUCUGUGGAGCGCUGCCCGCCCACCAUGCGCCUCGUCUUCAAGCGCCUGCAGCAGCGGGUGGAGGCACGCUUCCCCCAGGCAGAGCACCAGGAUGUGAAGUACCUGGCCGUCAGUGGCUUCCUCUUCCUGCGCUUCUUCGCACCCGCCAUCCUCACCCCGAAGCUCUUUGACCUGCGGGAGCAGCACGCGGACCCCCAGACCAGCCGCUCGCUGCUGCUGCUGGCCAAGGCCACGCAGAGCAUCGGCAACCUGGGCCAGCAGCUGGGCCAGGGCAAGGAGCUGUGGCUCGCGCCCCUGCACCCGUUCCUGCUGCAGAGUAUCUCGCGGGUGAGGGACUUCCUGGACCAGCUGGUGGACGUGGAUGGGGAGCAGGAAGCUGGGGGCGCCGCCCGGGCCCUCGUGCCGCCCUCUGUGACCGUCCGGGAAGGUUACCUGCUCAAGCGCAAGGAGGAGCCGGCCGGCCUGGCCACCCGCUUCGCCUUCCAGAAGCGCUAUUUCUGGCUCAGUGGGGAGACCCUGUCCUAUUCCAAGAGUCCUGAGUGCCAGACGCGCGCGUCCAUCGCCGUGCCGGACAUCCGCGCCGUGGAGCGCGUGGACGAGGGCGCCUUCCAGCUGCCGCACGUGAUGCAGGUGGUGACUCGGCGCGGCGCGGGCGCGCUGCACACCGUCUACCUGCAGUGCAAGAACGUGAACGACCUCAACCACUGGCUGUCGGCCCUGCGCAAGGCCAGCGCCCCGAACCCCGACAAGCUGGCCUCCUGCCACCCGGGCGCUUUCCGGGGCGCGCGCUGGACCUGCUGCCUCCGGGCCGAGCGCUCAGCUGUUGGCUGCAGCCGCACACACUCGGCUGUCACUCUGGGGGACUGGAGUGACCCCUUGGACCCGGAUGCAGAGACGCAGAUGGUGUAUCGGCAGCUGCUGCUGGGCCGAGACCAGCUCAGGAUGAAACUCCUGGAGACCAGUGAGGACGCAGAGCCAGGCAAGGAGUCUCCUGUCCCCCUCCCAGGGGCCUGUCCGGCUGCCCUGGACCUGCAGAGAGAGGCAGCCGCCCGCCUGCUGGACGUGCUCGCCGACCUGGACCAAGCCCACGAGGAGUUCGAGCGGCAGGAGCGGGUGAAGGCCGCUCCCAAGCCCUUGGGGUCCUGAGCACUGCGGGCGCUGACUUGGAAGGAAGAGCAGAGGCCCUU